GCCCGACGCAUUCGUGUGCUCAUUUCCUAAUUGCGCGCCUCGGUCUUUUUUCCUCUUUCUCUCUCAAGGCGUUUGCUCAAUUUUUCCCUUAUUUUAUUUACACACAUUAUAUAUACAUAUUCCCAAUAUGGACACGAAUGCCUUGUUUGACGUGUUUAACGAGUCGGGCGACGAGUCAGCCGGCGCUUCGGAUAUUGAAGAGAGCAGCGCUCGCGCACCCCAGCAGUCAUCGGUGCUUCCUAUCAGCCGCACUGAAGCAGACGACGACGAGGACAACGAGGAGCAGCGCGGCCGCGGCGACAAGGCUAGCGAGCUGAAGCGCAAGCCAACGGCCGCCACAGACGACGGCAGCAACACAGACAGCAUGGAGAUCGACGGCAAGGCGGAUUACGGCAGCAAGCGCGCUCGCAAGGCCGCCUCGGCAGCGGGUGCCAAGGCGGCCGGUCUUGACGCCAUAGUGCUCGAUUCGUUCGAAGAGGAUCUGCAGCGCGAGGUGAAGCCCGCUGGGCUCGACACCAGUGCGGCAGACAAGGAGACGGGCAACGUUGUCCUGAGCCACUCGGUGCGCCACCAGGUUGCGAUCCCGCCGGGCUACAACUACGUGCCCCUGUCACAGCGCCCCAAGAUCGAGAACCCGGCCCGCACGUACCCGUUCCAGCUCGAUCCGUUCCAGCACGCGUCUGUGCAGUGCAUCGACAGCGGCGAGUCCGUCCUGGUCGCGGCGCACACGUCUGCGGGCAAGACUGUCGUGGCCGAGUACGCAAUUGCGCAGUGCCUGCGCGAGAAGCAGCGGGUGAUCUACACGUCGCCGAUCAAGGCGCUGUCAAAUCAAAAGUACCGCGAGUUCCUCGAGGAAUUCGGCGACGUCGGGCUGAUGACUGGCGACGUCACGAUCAACCCGCAGGCCAGUUGCCUGGUGAUGACGACGGAGAUUCUGCGCAGCAUGCUGUACCGCGGGUCGGAGGUCAUGCGCGAGGUGGCCUGGGUCGUCUUCGACGAGAUCCACUACAUGCGCGACAAGGAGCGCGGCGUCGUCUGGGAGGAGACGAUCAUCCUUCUGCCGCACCAGGUGCGCUUUGUGUUCCUGUCGGCCACAAUCCCCAACGCGAUGCAGUUUGCCGAGUGGAUCACAAAGACGCACGAGCAGCCGUGCCACGUUGUGUACACGGACUUCCGGCCGACGCCGCUGCAGCACUACCUGUUCCCGCAGGGCGGCGACGGCAUCCACCUGGUCGUCGACGAGAAGGGCCAGUUCCGCGAGGAAAACUUCCAGCGCGCCAUCACGUCGCUGCAGGACGCGCAGGGCCAGGCCGCCGACGACACCGAGGGCAUCGGCAAGGGCAGGCAGAAGAAGGGCCAGUCGAACAAGGGCAAGCAGACCGGCGCCAAGAGCGACAUCUACAAGAUCAUCAAGAUGAUCAUGUCGCGCAACUACCACCCGGUCAUCGUCUUCUGCUUCUCUAAGCGCGAGUGCGAGGGCCUGGCGCUGCAGAUGAGCAAGCUGGACUUCAACACGGACGCCGAGAAGGAGAUGGUCGGCGAGGUCUUCGUCAACGCCAUCAGCUCGCUCAACGAGGACGACCGCACGCUGCCGCAGAUCGAGAACAUCCUGCCGCUGCUCAAGCGUGGCGUCGGAAUCCACCACUCCGGGCUGCUGCCCAUCCUCAAGGAGGUCAUCGAGAUCCUGUUCCAGGAGGGCCUGCUCAAGUGCCUCUUCGCCACCGAGACCUUCUCGAUCGGGCUCAACAUGCCGGCGCGCACGGUCGUGUUCACGUCGGUGCGCAAGUUCGACGGCAAGGACUUCCGCUGGGUCAUGUCGGGCGAGUACAUCCAGAUGAGCGGCCGCGCGGGCCGCCGCGGGCUGGACGACCGCGGCGUGGUCAUCCUCAUGCUGGACGAGAAGAUGGAGCCGGCGAUCGCCAAGGGCAUGGUCAAGGGCGAGCCCGACGUGCUCAACUCGGCCUUCCACCUGUCGUACAACAUGAUCCUCAACCUGAUGCGCGUCGAGACGUUCACGCCGCAGUUCAUGCUCGAGCGCUCGUUCUACCAGUUCCAGACGCAUGCGGCCAUCCCCAAGCUCGAGCUGCGCGCCGCGGAGCUGCAGCAGGAGCUGGCCACGAUCCGGAUCGCCGACGAGCCCAGCGUCAAGCGCUUCUACGACCUGCGCACGCAGCUGGACACGCUCUCCGCCGACAUGACCAAGGUGCUCGUGCACCCGGCGCACUCGCUGCCGUUCCUGCAGCCAGGCCGCUUCGUGCGCGUGUGCACUGGCGGGCUGAACUUCGGCUGGGGCUGCGUGACGUUCUUCCAGCGCAAGAUCGUCAAGGACGCCAAGAGCAAGCGCAGCAACCCGCGCGCCGCCGCCGAGGAGGAGAGCCAGGCCGGCGCCGACGGCUACAUCGUCGACGUGCUCAUGCACUGCAGGCGCGCUGACGCCGGCGCCGCGCGCAAGCUGGAGGCGACGUCGGCGGCCGACGGCGACAUGGCCGUUGUGCCGUGCGACAUCAACGACACGGCGGGCGAGACCAUGGUCGUGCCCGUCCUGCUCUCGUGCAUCGACCGGAUCAGCACCGUGCGCGUGCACCUGCCCAAGGACAUCCGCUCGUCGGCCGAGCGCCGCGACAUGCGCAAGCGCAUCGCCGAGGUCGAGAAGCGCCUCGGCGGCAACAUCCCCCUGCUGGACCCGGUCGAAGACAUGGGCAUCAAGGACAGCGAGUUCAAGGCGCUGGUGCACAAGAUUGCUACGCUGGAGAGCAAGCUCCGCGAGCACAGGCUCUUUGGCUCGCCCGACGAGGCGCGCCUGUUCGCCGAGUACCAGGGCAAGGUCGAGGUUCAGAACCAGAUCAAGGACCUGCGGCACAAGAUCUCUGACGCGCAGUCCGCCGUGCAGCUGGACGAGCUGCGGUGCCGCAAGCGCGUCCUGCGCCGCCUCGGCUACACGACCGCCGAGGACGUCAUCACAAUGAAGGGCCGCGUCGCGUGCGAGAUCACAUCGGGCGACGAGCUGCUGCUCUCCGAGCUCAUGUUCCACGGCGUCUUCAACGACCUGACUACCGAGCAGACCGUCUCCCUGCUCUCCUGCUUUGUCUUUACUGAGAAGACCAACAACGAGCCGCCCAAGCUCAAGGAGGAGCUGGCUGGGCCCCUGCGCAUCAUGCAGGAGUCUGCCCGCCAGAUCGCCCAGAUCUCUAACGAGUGCAAGCUGGUCAUGAGCGAGGAGGAGUACGUCGAGUCGUUUAAGCCCGAGCUGAUGGACGUGGUCAACGCGUGGUGUCGCGGAGCCAAGUUUUCGCAGAUCUGCCGCAUGACGGAUGUCUUCGAGGGCUCGCUUAUUCGCGCGUUUAGGCGCUUGGAGGAGCUGCUGCGCCAGAUGUGCUCGGCUGCGAAGGCCAUUGGUAACGUCGAUUUGGAAAACAAAUUCGCCGAUGGCAUUGUCAAGAUCAAGCGCGACAUUAUCUUUGCUGCGUCGCUGUACCUUUAGUCCAAAACAAACAAACAAACAAACAAACAAACAAACAA